AUGGAUCCCUUUCGUGUUAAGCUGUUGUCUAUCUCAAAUGGAAUCACUGAUCGAGAAUUCGUUGAGUUGAAGUUUAUGUGCAAGCAGCACAUUCCUGUCGGAGUUUUGGAGAGACUUAAAAGGCCACUAGAGUUGUUUGAUGAACUUGAAAACAGAAACUUGCUAAAUGCGGAGAACAAGGAAUUUCUGGCCGCCAUCUUAGGUGGAAUCAAUCGCCUGGAACUGAGAGAUGACCUAUUGGGUAGGAGUUUUUAGAUCGAUAUAUUUAUGUAGCUUCAAUUCACCACAAAAUUAUAAAACUUAUGAAAUUGAUGGAUUCUCCUUUUAAGGAAGUAUUGAUAUCAACCGCAGUUUGCUUUAAUACGCCCCUUCCCCCAGUUCAAUUCUCACACCGUCAUGAAUUACACUUUUUCAGAAUACUGUACAUGAUCUCCAUGGAAAUGUAUCAACAAUUUAAAUGCAUUCUGUAAGCUUCCUUAGAAUAUAGAGAACCUUUCCUUCUUCAUACUUUGGGUGGCAUGGCUCAUGGUAUUUCUCUGCCUGUGGUCCAAAAAUUCGACCUGGAUUUAUUCAUAUCUUGAACUUUAAUUAGCAUAUAGGAACAUCUGAGAUUUUACUGAUUCAGUGGUAGCUUUUUUGAUACAAUAUUGACAGAACACAAUCAUCUGGAGUUAAAAUAGUGUUUGUGUAAUGUAUAAUUGAUUUUGAUGUUGUUUGCAGAUCAAGCCAGUGAAAGAAAAGUUUCAUCUCCAUUGAGUACAUUUCAAGAAUCUUUAUGUGACCUAUACAAGAAUGUGAUUGGAUGGCUACAGCCUCUUGCAUGGAAUAAGUCAUUUCAUAUUCACAUCAAACACAUCUAUACCAAUCUCCAGAUGAUCACAGAGACUCAUCAAGGGAGAACCAUUAAGAAAGAGCCCUUGAACUCGUAUGUUGAGGUCUUUCAACGGCACUCACCUUUCACCAAGCAGAAACGUAUCCUUAUUGAAGGACAAGCUGGAGUGGGAAAGAGUACGUUUUUGUCACUGAUAGUGUACGACUGGGCUUGUGGAAAUCCCAAUUUACAGCAAUUCAAGCUUAUCCUUUUUAUGGAACUGAAACAGAUGAAAGGAAAUCUGAAGAGUGACCUUUUUGAGUUUCUCUUUCCAAGAGAUUUUCCUUACUCUGCUGAUUAUCUCUUCCAGUAUAUCUCUGCCAACCAAGAAGAUGUUCUUUUAAUUUUAGAUGGUUAUGAUGAAGUCAAUCCUGUGCAACUGAAGGAUAUCGAAGAUCUCAUCAUGGGCAAGAUAUUCAGAAAUUGUACUGUCAUUGUGACAUCACGGCCAGGUAAAGGUGCCCGUGUACACUGGUUCAUGGAUUCUCGUAUUGAGAUCACUGGUUUCACAAGUGAGAACAUUCAUGAAUUUGUUCUCAAGUACUUUCAAGAUGAUGUACCAAUGGCUGAGAGUUUGAUAUCACAACUUGAAAUGCAUCCUGUUGCUGAGAACAUUGCCAGAAUUCCUCUUACAGCAAUGCUCAUCUGUGCAAUGUGGGAGGAGAUGCCUCAAGCAGCUCUGCUUUCAUCAAUGACAACUCUUUUCACUGAACUCACUCUUUUGCUUGUGAAGAGAUAUUAUGCCAGACAAUCUGGUCAGAACAGCAUUGAUCCUGGUGAUAUCUCCACCCUAGAAGAUAUUCCAGAUGAUCUAUUCCAGAGCCUGUUAUCACUGGGGGAGAUUUCACUCAAUGGAUUGCUGAAUGAUCAGUUACUUUUUGAUGUACAGGAACUUGAGCGAAAGUGCACCUACAAAGGUGUUUUAGACAUUGGUUUCCUAUCAAAGGAGUUGGGAGCUUCAAGGCUUAAACCCGUUGAGAAGUGUCGGUUUUCACACAGAUCCUAUCAAGAAUUUCUUGCAGCCCUGUGGUUGAGCAACAAGAUCAAGCAGGCUUUCACAGACAGAUCUGUCUUUGAUUUUGUCAGUGUUUACAUCAUGAACUGCCUGUCCUCAGGAUUAAAUUCUGUUCUCUUUCUUUUCACACCUGGGCUAUUAGGAGAUACCUUUCCACCUGUACUGGAGCUUCUUUUGCAGGAAGGUGCUGCUGAGGUUGAAGAAGAUGAAAGCCUUGCACAGUUGUUCUUUGAAGUUUGUAUUCUCUCCUUAUACGAAUCAAACCAGGGACAAUUGGCCUAUAAACUGGGAUCACAAAUGCCCUCAGGUGUGGCAGCACUACAUCAUUUAAAUGCAACCCCAUACAAAGUUAGAGCUCUGGUUUUUUUUCUGUUGAAUGUCCAAACAGUGAAGUCUCUACUGAUAGAGCACAGUCAAGUAGGAAAGCAAGCUCUACAAGUACUUGCAAGGUUCCUACCUGAAAUGGUCUCAAUCCAAGAGGUAAACCUGCAGUCAAACAUGAUCACUGAUGGUAAUUUGAUUGCUUUUACAAAGUCACUCUCUCAUGUGCCUCAUCUGGAAAGGUUAUCACUUGCAAACAACUGCAUCACAGAUCAUGGUUUGGGAUUUCUAAUCUCGGCUUUUAAAGAUCUUCCAAAUUUGGAACACUUGGAUCUCCAUGGCAACAAGCUCUCUGAUGCAGGUUUUGGAUUGGUAGCUCCAGCACUCUCACUCCUACCAAAGCUAAAAGAGCUGCGGCUUGGUUGUCCUGUGGUAUCUGGGACAGAAGAAAUGCCACAAGGUAUAGGUAUACUGGUAUUUAUAUUUGCAUCAAAGCACUGUGAGUUCUUUUAAGCUGUUUAUACUGUUUUCACUCCCAAAUCAAGUUUCCAAUCUCAAGAACAUUCAAUACACUCAGGACUUUUUGAAGCAAGAAUAGUAAAGGCAAUGGUAAUGACAGCUUUGCCAGGUUAAGUUUGCCAUCAGUUUCACAUUAGUGGUGGGAAAAGGGUGUGGUUUAAAGGAUUGGCUUUGGGAAGUUGAAAAUUUUAAAAAAAUCCUAAGAAGAAUCACUCAGAAUGGCAUCCACUCAGAAUGGAUAAAUUUCAGUCAAAAUCCUUACACUUUAAAAAUGUCCAAAAUGGAUAUAUUUUAACUUUAAAUGUUUUCAGGUUAUAAUCAAUUCAGAUUGGUCUAGUGUGUGCUUUCCUUUGUUUAAGGAUAAUGGUAAGGUAUAUAGAACAAAGAGAAAUAACCAGUCAGCUAGUCUGAAACUAUCUUAAAACAUGAAGUGUAAAUCAAUCACAGUGGAGAAUGGCACUCCAUAGUUUGUUCCAUAACUAGUUGACCUAAUCACUUGAAGAACAAAAGCAGUUUGCAGCCCACAUCACAAGUGAUUACAAUAUAAGACGGACCAUAUUACUUCACUUCUAUAUGUUUUUUGUGUUAAAUGUCUUCUUUCAGGUGAAGAAAGGAGUUCACCCAAAGUGUUGUCUGAGACAGUGUUUAAUUCCCUGAUGGAGGCUGUCCAUUCUCAUGCAACGCUACAAGAAGUCAGGUGAGUGCUUCUUUAAACUAGUUUUUUAAGAUUGAGUGGAGGGACAAGACUGGUGAGCCCAUAGCAAACAAAAAUGGGUUUCAUAACAAAUAGCUCAUAUUUUGAUAUAAUUUUUAGCCUUCAAUAAAAUUUCAUGACAUCUUCCAAAAAAAAAAUGUGAAGAGAAAAGAUAUACUUGUUGCCUGGAAGGGUAAAGUCUUGAUGUAAGACUACAGAAACAAAUUCUCUCAUUUAAAGUGAUUCACAAGGAAAUGUAAAGCACAUGCAAGUGAGAAUUUUGAAAACAGCCAUUGGAAGUAAAAGAUAAAAUCAUUUUCUGUUUUAGCAGGGCACCUUCUUCUAACCUUUCCUACCGGGAGUAUUUUGGUGUCCUUGAGAGUUUUGUUCCAUCAUUGAAUUUGAUAUCACAAACACAAUUUAAAAAAGUAUGAAUAAUAGAAACGUUAUGUAACAUUAAUGAUUUGUUUCUGUUCUUAGCUUGGGCACAAAAGCCCUGCCAUUGGGGCUGGACUGUUUAAAGUUUGACAGGCUCAGGAUUUCCUGAAUUAUUGUUGAAGAAAUCUUCAACGCAUUUAAUCUUCAACAAAUACCUCCAAAUAUGCAAAAGAUUUGUCAUAGCAGUGGUUCCAUCGGGCAUUCAUAUGAAACUAGGAUAAGGAGUUUGCCCCUGGUUGAAAUGAAACGAGGAACUGUUUUUUUUUAUAACUUGAUUGAAUUAAAAGAUUAUAGUUGGACAGAAACUUAAUAAUGUAUAAUAAAUUCACUCUUCCUCUCUUACUAGUUAUUCUCAUUUUCUUUUUUUAACAUCUGCACAAAGUUUUUUUUAAUGGUGGCAAGUGGGAG